CACUGGUGCCAAGUCAUGAAGCGUCACUUCAUGGACCACAGGGGAAAACAGCCACCAAUAGACGGGGCCACCCUCAGCCUGGCCAGCCCAGAGUCCACAGAGGAGAGCGAGGAAGUGCGCUGGUCAGGGACCACAAAGAGAGAGGAGCCGUCUCCACAGCCGGGCCCAGCCAUCCCCCAUGAGGAGGACAUCUACUUCUGGGGCAAGGGCCGGAGGAUGCUGAGCUGGAGCAGCUCGCCAUCGUCCGAGUCCUCCUCCGAGUACCAGUCCUACUCCCAGUGCCAGUCUUGCUAUUCCAGCUCAUACAGCAACGAGGAUGCUGCCCAGCAAAGCAUGUGCGCCUUCUACACCCAUGUGAAGACCGUGCAGGGCGUGGCUGUGGCCUGGGAGACGGACAGCGGCUUCGAACCUGUCAGCCGGCAGCCCCGCAUCCACGAAGCCGAGUUCAUCAAGAGGCAGAGGCAGAAAGGCACCUCCUAUGAGAUGGCUUCCAGCACCGACCUGCGCUGGGAACUGGAAGCCAGCAAGAACAACUGCUGCUUGGAGUCUGAUGACACGGAGCUGCUGGCCCCCCUGGAAUGUUGCCUGCAGGAGCUGCGGGACACCCCAGACUGGCUGGUCACCACCAACUACGGGCUGCGGUGUGUGGCCUGCUGCCGGGUCUUCCCCACACUGGAGGCGCUGCUGGAGCACGCCCAGUAUGGCAUCCAGGAGGGCUUCAGUUGCCAGAUCUUUUUUGAAGAGAUGCUGGAGAGAAGGCGGGCCCGGGGCCAGGGGCAGGAGCAAGAGCCAGAGGAGGAGGAACAGAGCGCUUCGGAUAGUAGUGAAUAUCCAAGGGCCCAGGUCAAGGUGCUUUUGGCACAGUCACAGAAGCAGUGAGCUGGAGGUGAUGUGCCCUGCCCUGCCCUCACCUCCCACACCUCAGUUGCUCCUUUCCUAGCUGUAAGGACCAGAGCCAUGGGGCAGGGAGAGACGAUGAGGGCCGGGAAAGGAAGCUAGUGGAGUGUAGAGCUGGGCAGGCCAUGAGAAGGGCUGGGGAAGGCCCCCUCCCAAAGGGCAGAGCAUUUCAACCAGCAUCCAUUUCAAAACCUGAAGCAAGUGUUUCAGAUCUUGGUGGGUGCAAGAUCUGAAGCCUGCAAGCAGGUGGCCACAGGGAUUUCUAUUUUUGCUGGUGGGU